UAGCGCGAGCUGAUGAAUUUAUUCUUCAUUGUUUCUCGGUAGCAGCAAAGUUUGGAUUCCUAAGAAGCCUCGAAUACAAGGCCCUCGCUGUUUCGUUCCGAAAUCCGACAGUGACCGGUUACACACCGCGUAGCAAACAACCUCCACUCGUCUCUCUCGCUCUCUAUUCAAAUCACAAUCCACAAACUCUAUCUUAGCCAACUGCUGCAUUUUGAAGAGGGCAUAGUCUUCUAAAAUUUGAAGUCAUUUUUGGGAAACAUAUCUUGGAUGCAGUGCUCCUAUCAAUUUGGAUUGAUGCUGAGGAAAAGGCAAGUUUUUCUCUAAGUAACAGGCAAAUGAGAUCACUGAAAUUGAGUUCUCUUUGCUCCAAUGUUUGAAUGUUGAUAGGUUUUAAGAAGUUUACAGUGUUGCAUUCCUCCGGUUGAAUAGUGUGGUGUUGCUUGCACAGAUAUUGCAAUCUUUCUCCAUUUGUUGACUAAAUAGAUAAUGGAACAAUAAGCACUUGGAUAUUGCAUGAACCAGAAAGCUAAAUCACUGUUGUUAUACAAAAUGGAGAAUGGGAAAAUCAUUAAUCCUUCUAUAAUACAAGAUGGUUUCAUGACAAAGACUCAUGAUGAAGAAGAGCUCUCCAAAAGCCAUAAUGACACUACUAAACGACUGAAGAACCGUGAACGGCAACGUAGAUACAGGGCCCGAAAACGCCGUGAAGCAGAUACAAAGAAGGCCUCUGUGACAAACCAACCAACACCACCACGAGGAGAAGUGGAACUGAAUGGGCAUCAUAAUAAUAACAUAACCCCUAAUCCUUGUAAAAGAAAUUGGAAAAAAGAUGCACGAAGAGCUCAUGCAUGUAAGAAUCUGGAAGAAACACAUAACGCUGCUGUUAUUACUGCAUUGCCCUUUAAUAUUAAAAGCCAGACUGUCUGCUCAGCCCCUGGAAUAAUGACAGGGCCAUCACAAGAGAGGGAAACUCAUUCUAAGAAUUCUGUUAGCUUGUGGAUUAGUGAAACAGAUAAGACCAAGUUUGGUCGAAGAGAUUGGAAGGCAGAGGCAAGAAGUAAUAAAAAGUAGUAGUGGUGGUUGGGUUUAAUGAAUUUGCAGAGACAUCUUGAUCAGCAGAUAAUGAUUGUGGAGAAUAGUGAAUUCUGUUGGCCCCGCUAAUUUAUACUAGCGUGGGUAGUGCACAUUGUUUGAACAUGGGGUAGAAUGUUUUACUUUUUUUCCAUUUGGUAACUUUUGCAGCUUCUGCUACAGAUAGGAUGGGAGGGCAUCAGGGAUACAGUCAAUUAAGUUUAACAAUUGCUUACCAUCAGUUUUGUUGCAGGAAGAAUAUGAAAUAUCAGAAGCUUAGCCAUGAAUCUUGCCUUAAUUUGAAGGUCAGGUCAGUGUUCAGGAAUGAUUGUAAUAUAUGAUCACUCUAAUGUAAAGUGCAUAUCAUUGUGUAUAAAGUUUGAGAUUGCUAUAUACGCUCCACUGUGGAACAUGAAACAUACAAACUUGGCUCGUGUAAGGGCCAUUCAUCAGUGUUUUCUUGCCUUUAUAUAUGGGAAUAGGAAGAUGAGUCUUUGUCCGAAA